CAAAGAGAGAUGUUCACUGAAAUUCUGGGCUAGUGCAUUUAUUGUAGACAUACCUAUAAAUACCGCGUGCAUUUUUCUUGCCUUUAGUGAUCUUGGAGAAGAGCUGGAGCCGACAUGUGUGGGAGAUGGACAAAGAUCACCCCAGUCAGCAGAGGACAGCCGAAAAUGAAAAUGAGGAAGUUGAUGGCAACUGUCUUUGUGGAUUAAGGAACAAAAGAGGAGUCAAAGUCACUGUAAAACAGAUCCCCUCAGCAGAAUGUGACAAAAUGGACGCUUCUAAUCCAGCCAAUGCUUCUGAUCUUCUGGCCCGAGAAAGCAAGCCUGGUUACCAUUGCCUUCAAAAAACACCUGGUUUCCCAUCAGGGCAGAAAGCAAAUGAUAGCCCUCCCAAAGAUAAAAAAGAAAGCUCAACACAGGGUGGAGAGGAGAUACACAAAGAUGGAGAACUGUGUGAAAAUAUCCCAAAAAAUCAUGGGGUAAUGGAAACUUCAAGCAAAGGGAAUCAGAUACUGAGAACAGACAUAAAUACCAAAGAGGAGAAACUUGUGUGGCUUGACAUAUCAAGAAGUGGGGAUAAUUUGGGGAUAAAUGAACAAAAGAAACAUAAUACAGCAGACGGUGACAGUAUAUUCCACACAACCCAGAAGAACAAACAUGAUGAUUUAGCAGCUCUAGAAAACGACAGUAAAGAUUAUACUGCUCCAGGUUCUGGAAUUUCCAAAGAAACUUUGCAAGAGUUGAAAAAUCUGUUGAGAGAGAGCCCGCUGCUUUGUACCAGGGCCAGGAACAGUGGUAAGCCCAGUGGUAUGUUUUCCAAUACACUUCUGCUGAAUGCUAGUGACAAGCAAAGUAGACAUGUUGAGACUUUUCACCCUCAUUUAAGAGGAGGUGAUCAGAAAAUGCCAGCUGUACACAAGCAUGUAGCAGGACAACUAGGGAAGCCACAAGUGGUUCAAAGCUCAGCUGUGCUGAAUAAGCAGCAAUCCAAAUGUGAUGAUACAGAGCAUCCUGUUACGAGGCAGCAGACAUCUUCCCAAAAUAUGGGCAGUACUCCAGGAAUUAAAUUGGACCCUACCCCUGGUCAGCAUGAACGAAGAAGAAAUGCAGAUAUAAAGAACCCCAGAAUACGCAUUCCUCAUCACUUGCUCUCUGAGAUUGAACACAUUAUUGAACAGAUGGCUAGAGAGAGCAUACAUUUUGUCAGAUUUGAAGCCACAGAUCUUCAUGGGGUUUCAAGAUCAAAGAGCAUCCCUUCUCGCUUUUUUCGGGACAAAGCAAUCCAUGGUGUUGCCAUGCCAAGAGGUUAUCUUGAACUGACCCUGAAUCCAAAGGAUAUGGAAAUAAACCAAAUAAGUGCCAGCAAUUUCAACUGUGACAUAGUCCUGAGUCCUGAUUUAUCUACCUUUCGAAUUUUACCAUGGACUGAAUUAACUGCAAGAGUGAUAUGUGACUCCUUCACUGUAACUGGCAACCCGCUAUUGACUUCACCCAGGCAUAUUGCCAAACAACAGCUAAACCAGCUCCAGGACAGUGGCUUCACGCUGUAUUCUGCCUUCACAUACGAGUUCUGUAUUUAUGGGAUUGCUGAAGUUGUAAAUUCAAAGUCAAUCUCUUUUCCUGCUGCAACCUUACUGAAUAAUCAGGACCAGUCCUUCAUUCAGGAACUCAUCGAUGGGAUGUAUCAUGCCGGGGCAAACAUUGAGAGCUUCUCAUCUUCUACAGGGCCUGGGCAAAUGGAGGUCUCUUUGCACCCUGAAUUUGGCAUAUGUGCUGCCGACAGUGCUUUCAUCUUCAGAACAGGCAUUAAAGAAGUGGCCAAAAAGUACAACUACAUUGCCAGCUUUUUCACUGAGGAUGGAUUUUGCAACUCAGGUGUUCUGUCACACAGCCUUUGGGAUAGCCAUGGGCAAAAUAAUCUGUUUUCUUUCGGUCCUGGAGGCCCCGAGUUCAGUGACAAGGGGAAGAACUGGCUUGCAGGCCUCCUGCUGCAUUCUGCAGCACUCAGCUGUUUGAUGGCUCCAACCAUUGGCUGCCGUAAACGGUACAACAUUUAUAGUAAAGAUUCAAAGGAUACUGUGGCUGCUAGCUGGGGUUGUAAUGACAACAGCUGUGCAUUCAGUGUCAAAAAUCAUGGUGAAAAAAGAACUCAGAUAGAAAACAAACUAGGUUCUGCAACAGCAAAUCCUUACUUGGUGCUGGCAGCCACGAUUGCUGCUGGUCUAGAUGGUAUCAGAAGAGGACUGACCUUCCAGGAAGGAUCAGAGGAGAUCUCUAAUCCUACUCAGAUCAAAUCUGCCAUAAUCCCACUGAAGCUGGAAGAUGCUCUCGUAGCACUUCAGGAAGAUGAAUGUAUCAGAGAAGCACUAGGUGACACCUUUGUCCGCUAUUUCGUUGCCAUGAAACAGUAUGAGUUGGAGACAGAAGAAACAGACUUGGAAAGGAAUAAAUUUUUAGAAUAUUUUAUCUAGUAUGAAUGUUAAGGUUUUGAAUCCUGACAAAAAUCUGUGCUUCUUUUGUGUUGGGGUGAAUGUGAGUGCUUUUCUAUAAGGCUUUUUUCCUAUAUGUUUCAGAAUCAAACUACACAUAAUGGUGAAUAGAUCUCCUACAUAUAUUGAAAGUACUUCUGGCAGCUUUGGGAGCAUUUCAUUGAUAAUGGGGCACUGGCUUGGGGCGGUGGUGGAAGAGGAAUUUUUCUUGUACUGUUUUUAUCAUAAAAAUCACCUUCCUCACCGUGAGAUGCUGUUUCCUAAUGGCAGCAAAAUUACAGGUACCCACAUAAUGCCUGUUUAUUUCUCCCAAGGGUACCUAGUAGCUUAGGUGGGUGAGGAAGAUAUGCUUUGGGGAAAUGGCACAGGAGGAAACAGCAUCAUCAACUGUUUUCUCCAAGCCGAAAUGAGAUUGUGUUGU